GCCGGGGGGGGGCUUGUUGAGUUCCAGCUGAGAAUUUUCUGAGGAACCCUGCGGUCAGCUUGUUAAAAUAACUUUACCCGAGUCUCUUUCGGUUAAAGAAGAAAUGUGUUCCUUUCUUGGUGUUUGAGGCUGAUGGCAGUAAACCAUGAAUUUUCCUCCAGAUUUUGGAAUCUGGAUACUUGCUGGUGUGCAGGGACAGGAAAGCUUGGAUACGAUGCCUUUGCUCUGUGCCUCAGAUUCUCUCAAAGUACACCAGAGAUCUGAUAACCUCAUGUUUCGAUUUACUGUGAGGGGAGAGAGCCGCAUGAUGAGGAUGCAGUUUGAUGGAAGCAGCAAGGCAGAGGCUAUCAAGGAGUGUUCGAGUGCUGUGGAAAAACUGAUGGAGUACAUACCUGUCUCUACGCAGAAAGACACCUUGUCGCCCUCUAAUCAGACCCCUGUUGGGGAGUCUGCACCAGUGAAACAGCAGACUUUGAAAGGGAAGGCUGUGGGAGCUGAACCUGAGGUUGUCAAAGGAUCGUUGUCAAUCGGACGUCUAACCCAGCACUUCAUGGGAGGGACCGCUGUGGCACUGCCUCAAGUGUAUCACCACAGUGCUUUGGCGCACGUUGACCUGGAGUCGUUCCUGCGAUUGUGCCUUCUUGAUCCCAGCUUUCCUGCAUUUGUGGAGAAUGUGGAGGGGGAGCUGAGGAAAAUGCUUGAAGAGUGAAGCAUCUGAACCACAGCUGAAGGCGGAAAAGGUCAAGUCAGUGCAAUAUGUUCUUUCUUAUACAGUUUGUGUAGGCAGUGCCUGGUGGUGGUGGAGUGUUUCUUGCUCUUUUGCUCUGCUGAUGUUUUUUUCGAAUAGUUUUUACACAUUAGCUGUUAUGGUAUAGAGCCUGAAGAGGGAGCUUUGAAGGGCUUUUAAAUCAGGCUGUCCAGCUGCAACUUGCAAAAUAAAACAAUCUCAACCAUAAAA